UCGAACGUGUUUUCGCAUGUUUCAUCGCGUCUCCGUUGAUUUAAUUCAUUUAAUCAAGCAAAAAGAAAUUAAUUACCCUCGGCUAAAUCCACAAAAGUUGGGAAAAAGGGACAAGUGUCCAGUGCCGAUGCUCUCGUCUCUUGAGAUUCAUAAAUAAUGCAACAACCACCGAAACGUCCGAAAUUAUCCAGUGAAUCGUGUAUCGCCGACAUCUCCACGUCCAUUGAGAGCAUUGCAGGCAUCGUUAAAUCCAUUGGGGACAGUCACUCGACCUUUCUGAAGGUCAACAAAGCUGUUGUGAAUUAUUUGCUGGAGGAGAGGAAGAGGACUGACGCUGUGAACCUUGACGUUACCGGAAAAUCUGACAAGUAAAGAGAUGGGGGACGAACUUUCGCAAGCGGUUUCCUUUCUAAACAGUUACUUCACCCUUGUUGACGGCCUAGCAUCGGAUUUGGAGGAUCAUCUGGCUGACGAUGUCGUCCUGGACUGGUUUGGUCAGACGAUCAGGGGUCGUAAGGCAGUGGCUUCCUUCAUGAAGUUCCAGAAGAUAAAAUCGAGGCACGUUUUCAAUGAAAUUACACCGAAGACCAGCAUUGGAUAUCGAGAAAAUCGAUCAUUGAGAAGAAAGCACCAUUCCACUGGGGGUAUUUCCUUCAACAACAACGCCCCAGAGGAGGAAACCGAUUGCCCAUCAAAGUACAAACGAAAAUGCUACUCUGACGUUUUUCCCCAACACGUAGACAACUUUGCAGAUGACAGCAUUAUUUUUGAGACGUCUCUCUCUUCGACUUCGUCCUCAGAGCAGACAAUGGAGGUGAUGGAUCACGUAAUCGAGAGAGAAUUAAAUAUGGAUAAACUUCGUAUCAACAGUUUCUCGACGCCCCAGGUGAAUUAUCAGCCACAUUCAGAGAAUUUUUGCGGCCAUGAUACGACACCUGAUGCAGAGAUGACAGUCAACUUUGAGCCGACGAAUGUCGAACAGAUGGAAAUUAAUAUUGCAGAGCUGAAGGCGAGGGAAAUCCUCAACAGGGAGAUUGGACAGGGGGACGUUGACAGGUCGUCACUCAAGUUCCUGGAGGCUUGUGGAGUAAUCGAGUUCUGCAGAUUCUUCAAUUCACAACAGAUACGGAAGGACACGAGAAAACGUCACAGUAAAUUGCAGAUUGCCUACUCGAUUAAGGAUGUGAAUUCUAAUCCACCAGUUGGGGGGAAGGAAAAUCGCCAGGGGAUCGAGGACGACCUCGAGGAGGAGAGGAACCAAUUUCUCAAGUGUCUUCAGCUACAGAUGAGGCAGCAGGAGGGCAACAUCAAUGCGCUGUCAACUCCGAAAUAUGUGAGGGGUCAAUUGACGUUUGAGAGGGGCAACGGGGACGUGGGGGCUGGUGAUGGAAAUUUUAUUUUUAAUUAUAAGAUUCAUUUUAUUAUUUAUGAGAGCAAUACCAAGUGUCGAAUGAAUCUGUCACACGAGUUCGAGGGGAAAGAGUACUCGGAGGAGGUGGACUCAUAGCUUAGGGUUUUCCUUUUUCUGGGGAAGUGUGUGGUGAAGUGGAAGGAAAUCCAGGCCAAGGGAUUUUCCCUAUUUUUUUUUCUUCGUAAUUAUGAUAGUCAUUAGAUCAACCAGGAUAUGAGAUUUUGAGGCAUAUUUCGGAAUUCGGAAGAUUAUUCAAAUAAGUCAUCCAUUAUUUUACUAUUUUCAGGAUCAGAGGCGUGAAUUAUUUUUUUAAUCUGUGAAAUUAUUUUUCUGACAACUCGAACACUUCACCACAGGACUAGUCUUUAGUUCGAUUCAUUGUUUUUUUUUUUGACGUUUUUUUUGAAGUUUUUUUUCUAGUUUAUCGGUUCAUAAGACAUUGUUUGCAUUUUAUUCUUUUCAAUUUUACCUUCGAACAAAAUCGAUUCGAGUCGUUACGUUAAAUAUUGUAACGUAAAUCGUACUAUUAGGUAGUCAUUUGGGGCCGUAAUAAAGGAGAAAGUUUUGGUAUUUGGUCUAGAAAUUAUUGAUUCAACUGCUCGGUAAUUAUCCACACUGGAUUUUUGGUGAGUCAUCGACCAGUUUGUGAUGAUUUCGCCAAGAGUAAUUAGAAAAAUGUAGAAUCCGGUUUUUAAGACCGUCC